AUGCAGAGUAGCGCAACGCCUUCGAAGGCGCGAGGGGUCAACUACAAGCCUGUCGAGGACAAGGUGUUGUGUGAAGCGUGGUUGUCCGUGAGCUGCAACCCAAUAAAUGGCAUCUAUCAAUCCGGCGACGACUUCUACAACAAGGUUAAGGAGGCUUUUGACACAGAACUCGCUCGCCUGAAGUCGACCGUUGCCGAACGCCCCGUACCCUCACUCAAUUCUCGAUUCCAAACGAUUUCUCAAGCUGUUUCAAAGUUCGUCGCCUGUCAUGAGAAGGACCUCAGAGUCUGCCAAAGCGGGCGAUCCCCGUCCGACCAAGAACGUGAUGCAGUGGCAUUGUAUGAGUCCAUUCCUAAGAACGGUUCAUUCAAAUUCCUACAGUGUUGGCACAUUUUGCGCGACUCUGAAAAAUGGGGGGCUUGGCGCACCUCCAAUGAAAAGCGACAAGGCAGCAAACGCUCAGCAUCCGUGCGCGAUCGGAACAGUUCUUCCAAUGCCUCUCUUAAUUCAAGCGAACGAUCUCCUCCUGCUGAAACGCUUCGGGUCCAAGGCGAAUCUGAAGAGCCGAGACAAGGCGUAACCCGAGCAAAACUUGACCGGGCGAAUCAAGCUUUGUAUGCACGCCAAGUCAAAGCAGCAGAACGCGCUGCAGAAAAUGCCGAAAAGCACAUUAAAGUUGCCCAGGAACAGCUUGAUCUGACCUUAUUUACUGCGCAGGCGGCGCCAAACGACCCCCUCGCAGCUGAAUAUUUGAUGUUGAAAAAGCAAGCUGUCCUAAAACGACUUCGUCUUGAAGCUUUGAGUGAGCCGUCAGGGUCAUCGAUUUCACUAGCUGCACCAAUGAAUACGGCACGUACAUCCUUUCGAACCUCCACUUCACGGACAAUGCAGAUGAACGGGCAGGCCAAGACAGAGCUUGGAAAAUUAGCCGUCAUCGCGUUCGAUGAGGCGAUGAUCCCCCUCCAGAAUCAACACAAUCCGACCCGGCAGUACGUUGCGAACAAGCCCCACAAAUGGGGAACUAAACUCUUCAUGACGUGCUGCGCCCAAACUUCAUACUGCCUACGGAUCGAAGUCUACUGCGGAAAAGCGCAACACAGACAUGAAAUCGGAAAUGUCCCUGAAUCUGUUCAGUCUGUUGACCACAACACAGGACCAGCAGCAGUCAUGAGGAAUCUGGAUGCUGUCCUACCUCCGCCAUCCGAUGGUGUAUAUCACUUGAUAGUAACUGAUCGGUUUUACACAUCGUUUCAGCUCGCUUACCAUCUUCUACAGAGGCAAGUGUACUGUGUUGGAACCACCCAAGGUGACAAACAGGGAUUUUGCAACGCAAUUGGGGAGAAAAAUCGAGAUAGACCGCGCAGCAUUCCGCAUGGUACAACGAGAAUGGCUGUCGCAAAAAAUUGCCCCAGCAUGACGAGUUUGGUGUGGUGGGAUCGCCGUCCGGUACAGCUACUAGGAACUGGUGGAAGUCGGAGGAUGGAGAGCUGCUUUCGAUGGAGACCAGGAGGUGUCCACGCUGAGGUGCCCUGCCCAUCCAUAAUGCGGGAUUAUCAUCGCUGGAUGGGUGGGGUAGACGUGCACGAUCAGCUACGGUUACAGCGGUACUCUCUACAGCAACAAACGAAAUGCAAAAAGUACUACAAAGCCGUAUUUCUCGGCCUGGUAGAUAUUGCAAUCGUGAACGCCUACGUGGUGUUUCGUGACGUUCAGAAGCAGCGCGAAGCGAAGCCACAAACGCACGCUGAGUUUCUAAUGCACCUUCAAGCACAGAUGUUGGAGGUCACCGAGGAAGACUUCGGCCAGCGUCAGCCACAGGUCGAUACUACUGUGGCAAUUCGGACACUCCCUGAUGAGCAUGUGCCACGGCAAAAUCCAGACUUUCAAAUCGUCAACGGGCAGCGCAAACGCCGCCAACGACAAUGUAAAGUUUGCUCAAACCGUAAGCGUUGCGUGGGUGAGCGUCGUGCCACUAAAUUUUUUUGUCCAGGGUGUAGUCCAUCAGACAAAGCACGAACGUAUCUGUGCAAUAAGGUAUGGCCUCACUACAAGAAGAAUACACUGACGUGCCACCAGAUAUGGCAUCUACAAUGGAACAAUGGUAAGGAUCGCCCCAAACCGCGCUGUGGUCGCGACACUCAAAACCGUGAGGCAGGUACAGGAGGAAAACGGAAGCGUCGCCGUGUCGAUAGUGGAGUUGAAGCAGAAGACACUGCUGCAGAUAACGAAGACACCUCGGACGCUACAGAACACGGGAGUAACGGUAGAGCCUCAGUCGUGGAAACACAGUGUCCUACUGUCGAAGACGUGAGAGUCGAGAAUGAUGCCGGGCAGUGAAUGAGAUCUUGCGAAUCUAUUGAAUAAAUUUGUUUUACUUCCAU